AUGAAAGCGAACGGAUCGCGUCGCGAGGAGAAGGGAGGAAAAAAUAUCACGGAAAAAAUCAGGUGCGUCCCCCGGUCGGGUGCCGAGAGAAAAACAGUCGGGCGUCGCGGCGGUGGGCGGGGGUGCCGCCCACCCCCCGGGUGGCGGUCGAUGCGGGGCGGGCCGUGCGCGCGCUGGCUCCGGCACUCACACGCUCGGCGCUCGGCAGCACUCGGGCCACUCGGCACUCGGCCGCGCUGCUUCUCUCGCGCCGACGCCGGUCGCGCCGCGCGCUCUCGUCACGUGUCCGCUCCGACUUUAUAUGUCCAAAGUGCUGAAGUCAGUGCUCCCGAUCGCAACCGCGCGAGUGCUCCCGCAGCCGAUCUCCGAGCCGGACCCGACCCGUACGCCGCUCAGGGUUAG